UCUCGGCUUGGGGACUGAGAGGCUGCUGGAAAGGAGAGGCCGGAGCCGGAGCCUCCUCUCCCGGACCCCGGUGAGGGCAGCCUCCGUGCUGGCAGCCCCUGCCACCCCGCCAGCUGCGUGUGGGGAAGGGGAGACCCCAGUGCCUUCCAUGUCCCCUUGAAAAAGCCUCUUGGGGGUAUUUGCCAGCUGAUCCUGGAUAGGACCUUCCCCGGUGCCCCCAGCAUGGCUGUUGGCGCCCGUGUCCCCUGACCCCGGCUCACGCAGGCCUCUGCCCUCUGUCCCCCAGGUCUGGCCGUGCAUCAGAUCAUCACCAUCACCGUCUCCCUCAUCAUGGUCAUUGCUGCUCUCAUCACAACUCUUGUCUUAAAAAACUGCUGUGCCCAGAGUGGGCGUGCGCGGAGGAGCAGCCACCAGCGCAAGAUCAACCAGCAGGAAGAGAGCUGCCAGAACCUGACCGACUUCCCGCCAGCCCGGGUGCCCAGCUCCGUGGACAUCUUCACGGCCUACAACGAGAGCCUGCAGUGCUCCCAUGAGUGCGUGCGGGCGCCCGUGCCCACCUACGCGGACGACACGCUGCACUCGGCCGGGGAGUUCAAGUCCGCCUUUAACGGAAACCGACCCUCCUCCUCCGACCGGCAUCUCAUCCCCGUGGCCUUUGUGUCUGAGAAGUGGUUUGAAAUCUCCUGCUGACUGGCUCAAGCCUUCUUUACCUCCUGGAGCAGGGCAGACGCCAUGUGUCUGUUUCACGGAUUCCGUUGGUGAACCUGUACAAACAAACAAACAAACAAACAAACAAAAAAACACAAAACCUAGGACUCAGCCGUCUCCGGGGAGGGUCCCCGCACCUGCCGCUCCGCCCGCCGGGGGACCCGCAGAGCAAGGACGCUGGAGGCCAAAUCUAUUUUUGUAAAAGUGCUCGUGCCUAAGGGUGACCGCCUUCGCCCGGCGCCGUCCUGGAGAGCGGAGGAGGAAGGCGAGGCAGGACCUGGAAACGCAGGGGGAGGCCCGGCAGGACGCGCCCCAGGCCGGGACUCGCCCGGGAUCGGAACCUGUGCCAAUAAUACCACUAUGUGCCAUGUACUGCCCCAGAGGCUCGGCCGCCAGGAAACAGGGGUGGGACUGUCUUCCGACAGAGUCGCUAUUUCUGGUUAAUAUACAUAUAUAAAUAUAUAAAUACCAACAGACACACACACACACCUUUUUUGUACUGUAGCAAUUUUUGAAGCUCUUAAAUGUUCCUUUUUAAAAAAAAACAGAAUUGUGUUCUAGGUUACCAAAACCUGAUUUAUUCUCCAUGCUUAGUACGAACAGAACACACUGGUGUUUUCUACCUUGGCCAUGCACCCCACACAUGUACCACGCCCGCACACACGCAUACACACGCACACACACACGUGCACAUUCGCCCACACCCUGGAAACCCAGGUCCGCAGGUGAGCAUAGUCUUUAUUAUUUCUGGCGACCUGGUGUCCCACUCCCAUCCGCCCGGGGGACAGCCUCGGCCCGGGCCGCGAGGUCCUGGAGGCGCACGGCCUGCGCCUGCCAGCCGUGCGCUGAGCGGCACCAGGGCUGUGGAUCUGCUGCCUCGGGCCUGGGUUGAGGACGCCCUGGUUGUCUCUCUGUAUCCACACCCCGCCCAGCAAGACCUUCUCCAUGUCACCGUUUGUAAACGUCACCUAGCGGCCCAGCGCAGGGUCCCCGAGCCAGCCGCCGCUCCGCGGGCCCCAGGUGGCACCGGGAGGGAGUGGUGGAUCCUUGGGCCUUUGUGUUAUACAAGCAUAGACUGAAUUUUAAAACUUUCCGGUUCCAAACAUUAAAGGAAUAUAUCCUUA